AUGGAACUGCGAGUCACCAGUGUCCCUAAACCCAAUCCGGUUAGUUUCGCCAUCUAUGUGGGUGAAUCUGAUUCCAACAUUGCGCUCCACAUCAACCCUCGCUUUCAAGGCUGUGGCCCAGGUGUCAUCGUCCUGAAUGCCCUGAAGGAUGGGUCCUGGGGUACUGAAGUGAGAGAUGAAAGAAACUUUCCUUUCCGGCAGGGCGAGGAGUUUGAGGUGUCCAUCACCUUUGCCAAUGACAAGUUUUACAUUAGCCUGCACAACGGCCAGAUGCUGAUGUUCCCCAACCGCCUGGAACAGCCCCAGUACAGUAAAAUCUGGUUUACAGGAGACGUCAGGAUCACCGGCAUAUAUCUCAAGUCAAGACCCACCAGGAGGUGCUAG